AUGGUUCUUCUUGAGGUUGAGCAGAAGUUCAGCUUCAACCCACUCCUUCGCAAUGUUUUCCGACGCAACAAGGGCAGCCCUCCAUUCCUAAGUCUAACAAGUCGAGGAACUCAACGCUUCUCUGAUGCUUACUUUGAUCGUGGAAAUCUCUUUUCUAACAAUGGAAUAUGGAUUCGAAAACGCGAGGGAGCCUGGGAACUGAAAAAGCGAGUGGAAGGGAGCUUCACUCGAACCGCAUUCGAGGAAAUCAAUGACUACAGUCGAAUCCAGAAGAUUGUGGGCCAAUUUCUACCGGAUACCCUGGAGAAAAAGGGGGAUAAUCUGGGACUGGACAUCAUCUGUCAAUUCACCACGACAAGAGAGUCAUUUCUGGCCGAUGAAAAGUUUUCGGUCAUGCUGGAUAGUACGGAUUUCGGCCAUGCGGUGGGGGAAAUUGAACUUCUCCAUGAAAACGCCCAGGAGGCGCAUCGAGACAUCGAUGUCUUUAUGAAGAAAUACUCGUGGUUCUUUGACAGCAGUCGGCCUAAGGGAAAACUUACGGCUUACUUUGAAAAGUUCGGUUCUCCAGCUUGA